AUGUGCCCGUGUCCCGGCAUCGCGGCCGCGGGCCCCGGCCGUGUGCGUUGCGGCGACGCUCGCCCCGGGCUGCGCUGGGCGGCGGCGCAGGUGACCGCGCUGCGGCUGCAGGCGCUGGGCGACGAGCUGCACCGACGCGCCAUGAGGCGUCGCGCGCGGCCCCGGCCCGCUGCCCCCGCGCUGCUGCCUGCGCUCCGCGCCGGCUGGCCCUGGCUGUGCGCGGCCGCGCAGGUGGCGGCGCUGGCGGCCUGGCUGCUCGGCAGGCGGAGCGCGUAG